AAGUAAAGAAUAAAAACAUAUACAAAUGUCUUCUAUAGGAUAAAUAAAAUAUUUCUUCAAUAUUUACAGAUAAAUGUGAAGCAGCGCUUCAUUAUAACUGGCAUUGUGUCACUAAAUACAGCUCCAUCAGAAUAUGACUCAGUCUGUAGAUCAGAGGAAGUGAACAAACACAGGAAGAGCUGAUAGUGUUUAAAUAAAGAGUUGAGAUCAAAUACUGAAGAGAAAGACUGAGAGACAGAGAGAAUGUCUGAUAAUAAUCAUCUGUGUCUGCUGGGACUGAUCUUUCUCUCUUCACUUCUCACAGGUGUCAGUGGAGUGGAUGAGACUCAUGUGUUCAUCAGUUCUGGUGAAGAUGUCCGUCUGCCCUGUAAUAAUGCUCUUCAGGACUGUACAUCAAAUACAUGGCUCUAUAAUAACAGAUUCAGAGAUUCAGCAGCAGUUGAACUGAUUCAUUUAGGGAGAAAUAAUAAAGACAUAGAGAGACAUGAGAGACUGAGUCUGGGGUCUGACUGCUCUCUGAACAUCAGGAACAUCUCAACAGAAGAUUAUGGAUCUUACACCUGCAGACAAUAUGUGAAUCACACACGACUAACACCCGAUGCUCUUGUUAAUCUUCAUGUUCUUCAUGUCUCAUCCUCACACACUGAGAUCAGUUCAGGUCUCUCUGUGACUCUCUUCUGUCGGCUGUAUUCAUAUCCUCGAGUCUCUUGUGAUGAUUGGAUCCGUUCUGAGAGAAUUCAUCUGUUCUGGGUGAAUCAGGCUGGUGUUAAAUCAGACUCCAGAUAUCAGAUAUCAUCCUCAUCAGAUCACUGUAUCAUCUCUCUGAAUAAAACACUCCUGAAUGAAGAUCACAACAGAGAGUGGAGAUGUGAAGUUACUGAGAGAGAUCAAGUCAAGACCUCAGUCACAUACACUGUCAAGAGUUCAGCUGAAGCUGGUUCAACAACAUCAGUGAUUCCAGUCCACAGCACACACUCUCAGGAUCCUUCAACUACAAACACACACACAAUUAAAGGUACAUCAUCACUGUCUUCAUCACACCAGUGCUUUACAGCGGCUCUCAGAUACUGUUUUCUUCUUAAAUCAGUCUCUAGAUAUAAUGAAUUCCUCUCUGAAGACAUUAAGAGAUGGAGUAAAAGGAAUCACUAACUGUUCACUAUCAGUUUGAGAAACGGUUUAUUUGCUGGUUUAUUCUGAGCUCAAAA